ACCCGGCGCUGCCCACCCCGCGCAUCCCGGGCGGGGCGCGGGCCGCAGAUAGCCCGCCUCCCUUCCACCCUGUCGCCGCCCGCCCGCCCGCGGCGGCCAUGGGGGCGCGGCUGGGGCGGCGGGCAAGGGCAGCGGGCGGCUCAGAUGCCCCUGCGGCGACAGGGGCCGGGCCCGCGCCCUACGAGCGCCGGGUGCGCUGGCUGCGAGAGAUCCAGUCCACUCUCCGCGAGCGGCGGCCGGAGCGCGCCCGGCAGCUGCUGCGCCUCCUGCGCCAGGACCUGGGCCUUGAAGGGAACCUCCUCACUGACAUCCUCUACAGGAAUGUGGCUUUGCUUAACCUGGUGGACCCCAUCUCCCAUGACUUGCUGGUGAACCUGGCCCGGGACCUGCAGUGCCCCAAGAAGGACCACGAGCCCUGGAAGUCGUCUGAUAAGAUCUGCCGGCAGCUCAUCUACCACCUCACCCCUCACUCCAAGCGGAAGCUCCACAGGAAAACCCAGAACAGCCUCAAGAGCAGCCUCCAGAAGACCCUGCUGGUGGGGGAGACGGUGGACCUUUCCGGCAUCCCGCUAUCCGCCCGAGACGUGCAGCACAUAACACGCUACCUGGGCAGCCAUGGUGUGGAGCUGGUGAUUUUGGAUCUGAGCUUCACCGAGCUGAGUGAUGAGCUGCUGCACCGCUUGCUGCCCAGCCUUUGGGCUCUGCCCCGCCUCACCCAACUGCUGCUCAAUGGCAAUCGGCUGACCCGAGCUGCUGCCCGUGAACUCACUGAGGCUAUCAAGGACACCACCAAAUUCCCCGUGUUGGCCUGGAUAGAUCUGGGAAACAACGUGGACGUGUCCUCACUUCCCCAGCCACUGCUGGUCGGGCUACGACGUCGACUGAGUCAGCACACCUCGCUCCCUACCAUCUAUGAGGGUCUGGACCUUGAGCCUGGGGGAGGCAUGGCUGAGACCGCAGUCUCCACCUGGGGCUCUGCAGCCCCUGAGCCAGGACCAGAGCCUCAGGGUUGCUGUGCUAGGUGACUAACUGCUGGUCUGGUUGACUAACUGAGGUCUUUUAAGAACGAGGUUUGGGGGCCCUCGAUGUCCCACAGAGAGACAGUGAAAAUGCUCAGCUUGGGGUGAAGGGAUGGUACCCCUCACCUCAGGCUUUAUAUACCACAGACUUCAGGCUUGCUGAGCUCCAGGCUUGCUGCAGAGGUAGGAAAACCCCACCUGCCCAGAGUGGGUGGACCACAGCCAUGCUGGUGUCCCCUUAGCGCUCACUGGCAGGACUCCAUGGAAACCAAGGUGCAAGGGUCAUGGGUUCAGUGGUGUGGGCUCAGGAGUCAGAGGAGACAUGACGUCUGGGCAGCAUUUGAGUUCUAUCUAUUUGGGGGCUUCAGGGGAGCAGGUUGGGAGUUACAGACAGGCAGAGGUCUGCAUGGAGCCCCACAGCAAGUGCAGUCAGUGCCCUUCAGUGUACAUUGGGCUGGGGACAAGGCUUCACACACCAAAGGCAGGGAAGGCCACAGUGGUUCUGAGGGGGUUGACACUGUGUUGGUCUUCCACAGGGCACAGCACUGCUCCCUCUCCCCAGCUGCAGUCCCUAGACGUCCUGGACAGGAUGAGGAGAUCUGGCUGGCUAGAGAUGAAGAGCUAUAGUGUUUUCUCUAGGUCUGGGGUCACAUACGGCAUGCAAGGGGUGAAGGCGGACCUAGCGAGCAUCCAGAGUUACUGACUUAAGGGUGUCUCUAUAGGGAGUUACUGUCUUCCUAUCCCAAAUCCCUCAAGGUGGAUUCCCAACUAGAAGCCUAAUGUCUGGUCACCCUCACUGCCCCAUUUAGGAGACUAGAGUUUUUAGUUCAACCAGGAGAUAGGCAGAGCAUGUGGAGAAGGGACUCAGAGAAGUCCAGGGUGGGGAAGCCAGUGGCCUGAGGCCUCUGUGUAGAGUCAAGACUUUAGGCCUGGUGGCAGUAGAGAGACCCAGUAACAGAGGACAGCCUCAGGGACAAGGUAAAGGCUGGGGUUGGGGGGCUUGCCCUGGACCCGUGUGCCCAGAGCCCACCAGUUCUGCCCCCGGCCCCCACCUCCCUGUCUGUCUCCAAGUGGACUAUGUAUGGACAGUACAUUUAGCAUCCCACCAAAAAAACAUCAGUUCCAGCACAUCCCCAGACCAGUGGCCAAGAAGGGAGAGGGCUGGAUUACAUCAGCUCCCAGGCCUGGGAGAGAGGUCAGGUGAGGAAAAGGAUUUCACCUCAUGCCCCACUGCUUCAGACAGCUGCUUCUCAGGGGCCAGUGAGAAGCCAGCAGGGCCUCAGGCUCUGCUCUGCCCUUGCCCGGGGACCUGGCCAGGUCCUCUUCUUCUUUGGGCCUGGGACCCAACUUCCCCCUCUCUGUUAAACAGAACUUGCUAUCCUGGAUUCUGGCGCUCAGUGCUUCAUCUGGAGGUACUAACCACCCCGCCUCCCCACCCCACCGCCCUCCUCCUGCCCCCGCUUGUUUUAAAGACAUGGCUUGGAGUUAUAGAACUUCCACUGUGCCUUACCCACUCAGGACAAGGAUUUGGGCUUUCUGGAGUGGAGUAUGGGCCAGCAGAGGAGGGAGGGCGGGCCAGCUUUGGGCCCAGCAGACUGAUAACCCCAUCACAUGCUCAGGCGGCCGAGCUCUCCCUGUAACUUUUUGCUGUAGGCUCCUCUGCCCUUCUUACUCUCUGCCCACAGCCGGCCUGAAGCCAGCCCACCUACCGUUAGAUAUGCCCAUGCAGCGACAUUCCUCCUAGGAUGAUGUGUGAGGACUGGAGCCAGGUGUCCCAGGCAGCUUCCAGGCAAAUCCAGGUGGCAGCAGCUGGUCUCAAUUUCUCCACCUUUUGCAGGCAUGUGAUGCAAUAGCCGAGCCAGCUUCUGCAACGGCGGCGUAGGGGAUGGGGGCAAAGUUGAUCUUGCUGCUACGCAAGUGGUCCCCACCCUUCACAGAACUCUCCUGACUACCAGCAGGGAGAUUCCGUGGGCAGGGAGGAGAUUUCCAGAAGGCAGGGCUGGGUCUCUGCGCUACUGUAACAGAAUACCACAUCCUGGUAAUUUAUAAACAACAGAAGUUUACUCAGCUCGUGGUUCUGGAGGCUGGGAAGUCCGUGAGAGCUUUCUUGCUCUGUCACACUCCUAGAGAGCACCAGAAUGGCUCCACUGUGGCAGUCUGGACUUUCAUCAUGAGGGCAGAGUCCUGCUGACCUGAUCCCUCUUUAAAAAAAAAAAAAAAAAGAUUUAUUUAUUAUG